UACUUUACAGCCAUAAUGCCUCGAAGAAAGAGAGCCGCCGGGAGCAGUUCAGACGGGACGGCAGACUCCGACGAUUCCACCGAGCACGAAAAGACCGACAGCUCACACAGUGACGCAAAUCCACGCAGCAAUGCACGCUUAACCAGAGCCUCCGUCCGCCUCAGUCAGAGCUCUCAAGAUGUCCCAGCAGACGUGAAGCAAGUAGCAGAGAGAGACGAGUCGCCACCCCGGACUCCUACAGGUAACGCUCCCUCAUCUGAGUCGGACAUCGACAUCUCCAGUCCCAACGCAUCCCACGACGAAGGUGCAGCCAAGGACCAUAAAGACUCGGGCAGUGAUCCCUCUCAUCGGCCAAAGCGCCGCCGCUUUCACGAGAGCUACAACUUUAACAUGAAAUGCCCCACGCCUGGAUGCAACUCUUUGGGACAUUUAACCGGAAAGCAUGAAAGACACUUCUCCAUAUCCGGAUGCCCGCUUUACCACAACCUAUCAGCUGAUGAGUGCAAGGUGAAAGCUUCUGAGCGAGAAAAACAGGAAGAGGAAAGAAGUCAGACUCAGAAUGAGGAAAACAGACAUGCUACACGUCACCAGGCUCCUACUGCAAGGCAGGUGAAAUAUAAGGACAAAGUUCAAGAACUGAGGAAGAAAAAGGACACCGGACUGUCAAAGGAGCAGAAAGAGAAGUACAUGGAACAUAGGCAGACCCAUGGGACAAGUAGAGAGCCCCUCCUGGAGAACAUCACAAGCGAAUAUGAUCUCGAGCUGUUCAGAAAAGCCCAAGCGAGAGCGUCGGAGGAUCUGGAGAAGCUGCGCAUGCAAGGACAAAUCACUGAAGGCAGCAACAUGAUCAAAACCAUUCUGUUCGGUCGCUACGAGCUGGACACCUGGUACCACUCUCCUUACCCAGAGGAGUACGCCCGGCUCGGCCGCCUUUACGUCUGCGAGUUCUGCCUGAAGUACAUGAAGAGCCAGACCAUUCUGCGCAGGCACAUGGCCAAAUGUGUGUGGAAACACCCCCCAGGAGAUGAGAUUUACAGAAAAGGAGCCAUCUCCGUGUUCGAGGUCGACGGGAAAAAAAACAAGAUCUAUUGCCAAAACCUGUGUUUGCUGGCUAAGCUGUUUCUGGACCACAAGACACUGUACUAUGACGUUGAGCCCUUCCUCUUUUAUGUCAUGACUGAGGCUGACAACACAGGCUGCCAUCUCGUGGGGUAUUUUUCAAAGGAGAAAAACUCCUUCCUGAACUACAACGUGUCCUGCAUCCUCACCAUGCCACAGUACAUGAGGCAGGGCUAUGGCAAGAUGCUGAUUGAUUUUAGUUAUCUGCUGUCCAAGGUGGAGGAAAAGGUGGGAUCUCCCGAAAGGCCUCUCUCCGACUUGGGGCUUAUCAGCUACCGCAGCUACUGGAAGGAGGUCCUUUUGCGCUACAUGUAUAACUUCCAGGGCAAAGAGAUCUCCAUCAAAGAAAUCAGCCAAGAGACUGCCGUGAACCCGGUGGAUAUCGUCAGCACGUUGCAGUCGCUGCAGAUGCUGAAGUACUGGAAGGGGAAACACUUGGUCUUAAAGAGACAGGAUCUGAUCGACGACUGGAAAGCAAAAGAGACCAAACGAGGGACCAGCAACAAGACCAUAGAUCCUAGUUCACUGAAAUGGACUCCACCCAAAGGAACUUGAGAAGUCCGGCCGAACACCCCCUUUCCCCCUCUCAUUUGAGCCUUUUACAUACAGCAACGUCUUUCCCAAUGAAUUCACAAGGUUCAUUGUUAUUCUGGUCUCUGUGUGGCCUUUGUACUUCUCUCUAUAGCAAUUAUUAUUGUUUUGGGUUUUUUUUGUGUUCCUGUGCCGCUGUAAUUAUUUCACAGAGCCUCUCUCUCUCUUUUGAGCUCACAUGUUUUGUGCUUCAAAGCAUGACAUUGACUCAAAGCAGAUGCACCCAAUUUAUUUCACAAAAGAGAGAUUUAAUUCCAACACACCUUAAUAUUCACAAGUCCUCGAUUAACCGGCUCAGCUCUGAUGGAACUAAACUUUACGUAGGAAUUGGGUUUGGCCAGUCGGUUUCACAGCGUAGGUGUCACUACAAAGUAUUUAUGCGGCUCUCACACCCAGUUCAACUGAUGAAAGGACUCAGUAAUUAUCUCUGUAUUCAAAUCAGUUGGUUGUUUGUUGUUUUUUUUUUUGUUUUUUUUCCUCAUGUCAAGGAUGACACACUUACUGACAGCUACGUGCGACAGGUUCCUCCCAUGACAGGAAUUCAACACCCAUAUUUUACUCGGCUGUAAAACGUUACCGAUGUCAAUCUCAGUAUAAUAUAAUCAACACAGCGACAGUAUUUCAUCUUUUCCUUUACUCUGAGAUCAUCGCUAUUCAUUCCUGGACUGUGUUUUUUUUUU